AACUCUGCAGGAAUAUGUCUUUGUCUUUUUCCCUAAAGCCCAAAGUGGGGUGAUGUGCGUGUAGCCUCUUGAGAGGAUUACAGCAGCACAUGUCAUGUUUUAAACCACAUCUGGAAGGACAGAUUUGUUCAAUGCCUGCUGGGCCCUCAUAUUAUUUUUAUGUUACUUUUAUUGAUGUCACACCACUUUCUUGUGGUUAACAGGCUGUAACCAGCAGCUCAGAGGGCGGGUCGUAAAGUUGCUACUUUUAAGGACUUAACACGUCUACACAAGUGAGAGAUCUGGCCGUCUAAACUUCUUACAGCUGUCUUCAACAAAUCUGGAGGACAUACGAGAGAAGGACUUCCUUCAUAUGCCAGCUCCCCUCAACACCCAGGGGUCAUGCUCUGUCUUGGAUGGUCGCCGUCUCCCCACUCACACUACAAUUGCUUCUCCUUUCUCCAAUAACCACCUUUUAUUUUUAAUCCCUCUACAGUCUUCUAUCCCAAAACCCACUGAUGUCUACACUGAUGGAGUCUACUCUCUCUGCAGAUCCCAACCCUAAAACUGCGCCAUCGACAUCAUCAUCUCCAGACCUUGCUUCUAGCUCAGACUCUAACAACACCCCUGCAUCCUCCACUGCUCUCCCUCGGAGAAGAACCUUUGCUUCCAUCGCCCAGCGAGUGAUCAUACAAGAAAGACUGAGAAAAGCAGAAGAGGGAGAUGAUUCUGAUGAAGAAGAAGAUGAAGAACCGGAGGAAGAUGUAUCUAAGGAGCAGAUAGAGGAAAAAGCCAAAGCAGGUGAUGCCAGAGCUCAAACUCGGCUGGGUCAGCACUACUUGAUUCUCGCUGAAGAGAAGGACACAGAUUUAAAUAAUCAUCUCGCUGUUCAUUGGUUGAUAAAAGCAGCAAAACAGGGAAGAAAGGGUGCAGCAAGAGCCUUGCAGCGCUGUUGGAUCCACAAAAUAGGAAUCACUGCGGAGAACGAGGAAGAUGUUCGGAAGUUGUCAUCAGAGACCAAGUUUGAGAGGGCGGUGCGUAAAGCAGCCAUGAUGAUGUACUGGAAGCUGAAUCCAGACAAGAAGACAAAAGUAGCCAUGGCUGAGAUGCUGGAAAAUGUGGGACAGGUCAACGACCUGCAGGGGAGCUCUACUACUCGCACUCAGGGUCCAACCUCAAACGAGACUCAGAAAGUACUGCAAAACUUGGUCAGCGAUGACGCCAAUCAAUUGGUGGACCUUGAUGAAUUUGUUGAGAUGACAAAAAACUUGGCUCAAGGUAUCGUUCCUUCGUCAUCCAAAAAACAAAGCAAGGGAACAGCCAAAGCAGAAAACCCUACUCUUGAUCAUUACAGUGAGUGCAAGACUGAGCUGGUCCCCUCAGAAGAGAAGAAACCCCACAUAGGGUCUUGGGGUUUUGGCCGAGGUGGGAUGAUGCUUGACACAAAGCAAACUGGAGCCAUUAAGAAAGCAAUGGACAUGAAAUCACGUCUAAUGAUGCUGCACUAUCCACUGGAUACCAUGGUGGAGGUAAAGGAGCACCUGGUCGACUGGGCAUCACGGGCCGGCGUCCAGUGGCUGAGCACCAUCAUCCCUACGCAACAUGUCAAUACGCUCAUCUUCUUCUUCAUCAUCAGCAACCUUACCAUUGACUUGUUUUCCUUCGUCAUCCCUCUACUGGUCUUCUAUCUCUCCUUCGUCUCGAUGAUUAUUUGUACUCUGCGUGUUUUUCAGAGUAGCAAGACAUGGCAUAACUUUCGAGCUCUGACAUCUCUCCUGACUCGUCUCGAACCUGGCCUGGAUGUGGAGCAGGCAGAAACCAACUUUGGCUGGAAUAACCUGGAGCCUUAUCUGUAUUUCAUCUUCUCGGUCUUCUUCGUCAUUUUCUCCUUCCCUGUAGCUGACAAGGGCUGGAUCCCCUGUUCAGAACUAUCCACGGUGGCCAUCUUCUUUACAGCAGUCAGUUACCAGAGCCUUAGUCCCAUGGCUGCCACAUACGCACGCCGAGCAAUGGUCAUAGAGGUUGCGUCAUCUCUUUGUGGCCUGACACAAUUCCUGCCAGAGAACAUGACCAGGCUUGGCUUCCUGGGACACACGUUUGCAACACUGCCUCUCGGGAAGUCAGUAGUGCUACAGCUUAGUAUUCCCUGUCUGCUGUAUGUUUACCUUUUUUACCUAUUCUUCAGCAUGGCCAGAAAGCGAGGCUUCCGGGGGACAUAUUGCAUCCUGGUACCAUACUUGGUGUGCUUCAUGUGGUGUGAGUUCUCAGUGGUGCUUCUUCGGAAUUCCACUGCUGUUGGUAUUAUACGCACCUGUGUGGCCUACUUCCUCUUCCUGUUUGCACUGCCUGUCCUGGCAUUCGGCCUUGCCAUCAUGCUCCUCAUACAGCUCUUCAAGUGGUUCCUGGAGCUGGAGCUCACCAAGAUGAUUGUCACCUUAGUUGUAUGUGCCAUCCCAGUCACGCUGCGGCUCUGGACACGCUUCAGCACGUCUAUUCUAGAUGUUUUCCGCUCUCUUACGCACCGUGGCCCAGUCAAACUCAUCUUACUUUGCAUCUCCAUGGUGAUCCUAUUCUUCUCCAUCUAUGUGUAUCACGCUGAAGGUCAGAAAGUCUACAACUCCACCCUGACGUGGAACCAAUAUAGCCAAGCUUGCGGACCACCUGCAUGGGAAUCCAAAGGUAUGGCCAAGACACAGAUCUUCUGCAGUCACCUGCAAGGACACAGGGUCACCUGGACUGGACGUUUUAAGCACGUCCGUGUGGCUGAGACAGAAAAUGGGGCGCAGUCGGUCAUCAACAUGUUACCAGUGUUUCUUGGAGACUGGCUGCGAUGCCUCUAUGGUGAGACGUACCCUAAAUGUGAGGCAAAGAACAUGACAGUCACAAACCUAACAGCUUCCAGCUCCACGCCACAUUCAGUUUCGUUACCCGUGCUGCUACGAAUGCAAGAAGAGGAGGAGUUAUGUCAGAUCAAGGCACUGGCCAAACACACCUGCCAUGUCAAACGCUUCGACAGUUACAGAUUCCAAGUUACCUUAGGGAUGACCAGGGAUGAAAGCGCUGAGGCGGAUGACCCAGGAAGGGAUAUUGUGCUUAUGGCCAGCCAUGAAUUCCGUCAGGUCCUCUUCAACCUGAAACCGGGAAAUAUGGUGGAGUUCUGUACCAAGCUGGAGGGUCGUUUAGGAGCAAGGGCACCGGCUUUCGAGUUGAAGGCUGUCAAUUGUCUGGACUGUGUUUCUCCACUGUUGACUGGGGGCAGGCAGGUGAAGAUAGAGAAAGACUGGAGACGUACCACCAUGCGAGCCCUGCAGUUUGCAUUUGACUUUUUUUUCUCUCCCUUUAUGUCAGCGAAGAUCACGGGCUAAGAACGGAGCCAAGAGGGACACUGGAAGCAAAGACUGAACCAAAACGGCUGUUACCAAAAUGACACAGUCAUUGUUUACUAUUUAAUUGUGCCUCUUCCUUGUGUAUAUACUUACACUACAAUUUGUUUACGUAUGUCUUAAAAGUGGUAGGACAGCUAUGGCCUAUCCAAUCAUUUUCAUUGAAAUGAAAUAAUUGAAAAUGAGUAGGAAGAAGCAGUGCAUGUUUAUUUCUGCCCCUCCCAGUAAAUAUUACAGGGGGGAUUGCAGUUUGAAGUUUCAAGGAAGGUUUAUUUUGUUUUUGAUGUCAAGCAUGUUGUCAAUUUCAAAGGGCACUUGACCCCUACUGGCUGAGGAAUCUCUACUCAAAUGUCAAAUCCAAACAAAUUUUAACCGAUUUUCUUAAAAAAUUUAGGAAUUAUUGCUUUAUGCUUAAAAACAACAAACAUUGUGUUCAGUGAAUACAGAAUGCAGGCUAAUUUAAUUUAAGUAAGUCAAAUAUAGAAUCAAUGUAAUUUUAUUUGACUUCAAACAGCUUUGCUGGAGAUGCAAUAACAAUGAAUAUUUUUAUUGAUUAUCACAUUUUUCCUUCAUAUUUCUGCAUGUGUGUGUGUUUACAUAUUUUCAGUAUUUACCUUUGAAUUUAAGUUCAUGAUCACUUUGCCUAUGGAUGCCUGUUAGUACUAUUUAUUGUUUGAAUGUAAUAUGUCACAAAAAUGGUUGACAUAUCGUGUCAGUUUGGAGUUUAGUUGUUACAUUAAGUCAAACCAGUUUUAUUGAUAUGGCGCCAAUACACAACAGAAGUUAUCUCAAGGCACUUUACACAUAGAGCUUGUCUUGAAGCAUGCUCUUCAUAUAAUAAAGAGAACCAGAGACACAUGAUGUGUUAGCCAAGGAAGGAAGAUCUUAUUGUUUUCACUUCUAUAAGUUAAUUAAUUGUCAAUGUGGCUCAUACAUUGGGUAAAUACUAGGAGAAACUUGAUGGCACUGAUUCCUACAUUUCAAGAGAAAGCAUACAGAAAGCAAACAAAUACUGAAUAUUGACCAUUCCAUAUUAAUAAAAAAUGUGUAUAUUUUGCAAUAGUACAAUCACUAUUUACACUAGCAUAUUUUCAAAGUCAUCUCAUCCCAGAUAUCAAAUUAUGCCCAAAAAGAAGCGCCACUGAGGUGUAUCCAAACAUGCACAUGUUUACUGUGACAGUUAUGAGUUGUGAGGAAUUUAUCAUAGUGUGCAAUGAAGAUUAAAGUGCCUGACUUUUAAAAAGCCAUGUUUUUUUCUCUUUGUUAUGAAUGCACAAGUUAUUGUUCCAUACAGCAUGUAUGUUGAAUAAGAAAUCCUAGAUGUUAUAUGCUUCUCAACCCUGAACUCUCCACAUGCACCGAAUCAUGAAUCAUAUUUGGGGGACUUGUGUAAUGUCUGUUUCAUCCAAAAAUAUUAC